AUGCACGGCGCGUGCCACAGGGACGACUGCGCGUUCUCCCACGACGUGGAACAGGAGCGAAAGACGGAGGUGUGCAAGUAUUUCCUCGCCAACACAUGCCGCAAGGGGGACGCGUGCCUGUACUCACACGACCUCAAGCAGCUGCCCUGCCGCUACUUCUUCACCGUCGGCUGCACCGUUGAUGCGUGUCGGUUCUCGCACGACCCGCUCACCACGGAGCAGCAUGCGCGGCUGGCACGCGAUCUGCAAGGGUACCUGCGCAUCAAGCAGCAUGACCCCGGCUAUGCAGAGGCCGUGGCGGAACGAGAAAAGCAGCAACACACCGCCGCCAACAGUAGCAGCAGCAGCAGCAGCGCCAAUGGUGAACAGGGGUCACAGCUUACACAGCAACAACCCCAAGGACACCAACAGCAGCUGGGGGAGGAGGUGGUUGUGGCAACAGCUUCUACGGCAGGCGGUGGCGGCGGCGGUGGUGUUGAGAUGCAGCGGCCACCGACGCCUACAUUCGACUUUGAUCUCUUUGGUGGCGAUGAUGACGAUGAUGACGAUGAUGACGAUGAUGAGAAGGAGGAAAAGGAGGAGGGCGAUAAAGGAAAGGGAAAAGGAAAGGGGCCAGGUGAUGAAGGCGAUGGGUUGGGGGAUGGCAAGGUGUCGGGGAGUGGGGGAGCCAGCGAAGAGGAGCUGAUGCAGCAACGACAGGAGCAGCAGGUGUCGCUGAAUGCGCUAACGGCUGUGCUGUUGCGGGGAAAGCAGAAACGGGAGGAGCUCAUCGGCGUCACCGCACCGUCACAGUUGAAUCACGGGUGCAGGCAGCACCGAUGA